AUGAAGAGAAAGAAAAAGAAAGAUGAGAACAUUGCUGCGAGGAAGGCAAGAGAAGAAGCUGGUGAAGCUACUUCUAUAUUUGCUUCUGUCAGCAACGAAUCCGAUGCUGUGCUAGUUCCUGUACCAAAGACAGUUCCAAACGUUGCAAACAUUGGAAAAAGAAAACAGUCAGAUAGCCAGGAUGGCAACAAUAAGAAGACAAGGAAGGUUGAUACAAGGAGGGCUGCUCAAGGAGCCAGUCCUGGUCCUGCUGCUACUGUUACUGUUACUGCCACUGCAAAAAGGAGAAAGCAAAAGAAGGCUGCAGCUGCUACUAGUGCAAAUUCUGUAGUACAAAUGACUUCGAAUGUUGGAAAAAGGCAGCAGUCAGAUAGGCAGGAUGAUGGCGACAAGAAAACCCCAGAGAAGGCAAAGAAGGUUGCUGCGGCUGCUGAAGAAGGUGCUGUUGAUGCCAUGGAAAGGCAGCAAUGA